AUGGAAACGAGUAAAGGUUCUCCAGAAGUCUUGGCCGCAUUGGAAACCAUCUCGUCGUUUGAACUCUCCACUCCUGAAGAGUUAAAGGAGUUGGAUACGACACUUUCAUCUAAAACCUAUUUUGUUGGGAACGAAUCUUCAGCGGCGGACGUCGCUCUCUAUGUUGCUCUUCACCCUGUCAUCUUAGCUCUCCUGCCCAACGAGAUCUACGCGUACCCUUCGAUCCUCCGAUACGUUGACCAUAUUCAGCAGAUUCCGUCCAUUCAUAGAGCAUCCAUUUUCCCCUUACUAAAGUUCGAUCUUGAAAAUGCGCCUAAACCUACUCGUGUUGUCGAACCGCGAAAGGAGAAGAAGAAGGGGAAGGAACCCCAACCUAUUACAGCAAGUGUUCCUCCCGCACCAACGCCACCGGCGGCGGAGGGUACUACAUCUGCUUCUCCUCAACCCGUCUCUGCAGGGAAAAAAGAGAAAAAGAAGACUGCACCCGGAGGAGCUCAGAAUCCUCCCGCAGGUAAGAAAGAGAAAGUGCCCCCUCAGCCUGCUGCCGGAAGCGAUGCAGGAGAGCCAGUGCCUUCGAUGAUCGACUUGAGAGUAGGAAAAAUUGUACAAGUCGAAAGACAUCCUGAUGCCGAUGGGUUAUACGUCGAACAAAUUGAUAUCGGAGAAGAGGCACCGAGAACCGUAGUCUCCGGGCUUGUUCAUUACAUCCCAAUCGAGCAAAUGCGAGAUCGGACCAUCAUCGUCGUGGCUAAUCUCAAGCCUGCAAACAUGCGAGGAAUCAAAAGCUUCGCGAUGGUACUAUGUGCUUCUUCGAAGGGAGGAAAAGAGGGAGGCAUUGAAUUUGUGGAGCCACCACCUGGGUCGAAGCCCGGUGAGCGAGUGUACUUUGAAGGAGAGAAAUACGAAGAUGCCCUUCCAGUGUCACAGAUGAAUCCCAAGAAAAAGAUAUUUGAGACAAUUCAGCCUGGCUUCGUAACGCUAGAAGAUCGGACAGCAGCAUGGAUCGAUCCAGUGACAAAGUCUGUUCAUAAAAUACGAACCAAAGGGGGAUACUGUGCGCCGAAGACGCUAAUUGGAGCGAGUCUGUCAUAA